AUGAGUGGAUUUGGAGAAAAACCUUUCAAGUGUGAAUUCGAUGGUUGUGAUCGCAGAUUUGCCAAUAGUUCCGAUCGGAAGAAACAUUCACAUGUUCAUACAAGUGACAAACCUUACAACUGUAAAGUUCGCGGUUGUGACAAAAGUUAUACACACCCCAGUUCUUUGCGGAAACACAUGAAAGUUCACGGCAAAUGUUCGCCGCCCCACGGCGGUUCAUACGAGGAGUCGAUAAGUAACAGUCCGAGCAGUGAUUCGAACUCAGCGUCACCGGCUGUUCAGAACCAUACCCCGACACAACAACAACCACAACCACCACCACAACAACAACAACAUCACCAACACCAACACCAACAACAACAACAACAACAACAACAUCAUCAUCAACAACAACAACAAGCCGUAGUAAUACCACAGAGCAGUCCUCCCUCCUUACCACUGGCUCCCAAUCCAACGCUACCCCCCAAUCAUCAUACAAACUUGAGCGAGUGGUAUGUAUGUCAGACAAGUGCUGGGAUGCCAACACCACCUAGCAAUGAACAUUCCCCGGUGAGCAAGCUUGGACAUAUCCCAAUUCACCCUACUUCUGUGCUCGUCAGCUAUACAUAGUACUUCUCCGUUUGUCUCCUUCUUUCUGUUUUAUAUAUAUAUAUAUAUAUAUGCAUAUUUACAUAUACAUAUAUAUGUAUAUACGCAUGUAUAUACAUAUAUAU